AUGAAAAGCAUCCACUCUCUGGCUGGUAUCCUCCUGGUCCUCUGCUUCGUCAAGAGCAGCUGGCAGGUUCCUCUGCAGGAGGCUGAAGACAGCUCAAGUUUUGAAGCAGAGGACACGUUAGUGGAAGGGCCGAGGGAGCUGUCGAACAUGAAGAGACACUCGGAGGGAACCUUCUCCAACGACUACAGCAAAUACCUGGAGGACAGGAGGGCGCAGGACUUUGUCCGAUGGCUGAUGAGCAACAAGAGGAGCGGUGCUGCAGAAAAGCGCCACGCAGACGGGACUUUCACCAGCGACGUCAGCUCCUACCUCAAGGACCAGGCCAUCAAAGACUUUGUGGCCAGGCUCAAGUCUGGACAAGUCAGAAGAGAAUUUGAAAAGGAGAGGAGGGGGGAGGCGCUCAGCAGGAGGCACGUAGAUGGAAGCUUCACCAGCGACGUGAACAAGGUGCUGGACUCCAUGGCCGCUAAGGAAUAUCUACUUUGGGUCAUGACGUCCAAACCUUCAGGGGAGAGUAAGAAAAGACAAGCGGACCAGUGAGACGCUCUGCAACCACUCCCUCUGACUGCUGCACAC